AAGUAAAAAUUAAAAAGAUCCGAGUCAGAGAAUGACUAGGAAAACUGUAUCCUAGUUUUAUUAUUAUUCUUAACUGGGUGAAACGCCGUGUGUUUGGAAUUCUAUACAAAAACCCGAGAGCCCUUCUUCUCUGAGAGAAACACAGAAAACAAUACAGCACUUCCUGAACAGACGUCAUCAUUCCUCUCUCUCUCCCUCUCCCUCUGCUCUGAGAACAGAAGCAGAAUUAUUUCAGGCCUUGAAGAAUGUCUACCGAGAGACGUUUUUUCCGGAACACAGUGCACCAAUGCGAAAAUAGAGCCAGACACCCUGCAAUGCCAAGCAACAUGGACAUGAUGAUCCUGUUCAGGCACUACAAGGUUACUGCAAACCGCUGGCUUGAAGCUCCAGAACCCAUUGUUUAUGGCCCCCCCAACAGUCAUAAGCCGAGCACUGGGUUUUUUCCUUCUCUCUGAUGUCAAACGAUUCUCGGAAAGGCCAAGGUACUCGGAGUUCAUGGCUAAGAAACUCUCCAGUAUACGUGUCCCAGAAGAUGAGCAAGCAGCUGUUAUUGAAAAACUAUUUCGGGUGGUUGAAGUGGCUAUCCCCGAGAAUGCUAUUGUUGUGUCUGUGUUCGAUGUUACUCUCCGCUUCUUGGAUAGUACAAGUGAUCUUGGCCCUGAGGGUCUGAAUCUGAUCUUAUGGGGACCUACAGUAACUUUUCAGGAUGAUGAUCCAAUUAUCACUGAUAGGGAUCCGAUGGAAUCCAUGGAAGCAUAUGAGCCCAAGCUUAUUCCCGCAACUAAAUCAUUCAUUGAGGGCUUGGAGAAAGUGAGAUUUGAUAGUUUGGAAACUAGUAUUAGACAGAUGCCAUGUGCUAUUUGUUGGGAAUGCCUUUAUCACUUUGCUGUAGAACAAGGGACUGAUCAGCAGCUGAUAAUCAAUCGCUUGCCCUGCUCACAUCUUUAUCAUGGAGACUGUAUUAUCCAGUGGCUUGAGAGGAAUAACUUGUAUCCUAUGUGCCGAUACGCAAUGCCUACUGUGGAAGUGGAAGCGGGCGAACCAUCAAACCCUUCAAGGCGGCGGCAUUGGGAUUUGAUCAUGAUGUCUGCGGGUGGUAUACUAACUACGGCUACUUGCAUUGGUUUGCAGAUUAUUGAGGCAAAGUUCAAGAUGAAAAUAUCAGAUUAUCUUAUAUAUGUUGUGCCAUUGGUAGCCAUGUAUUCUUCAAAGCUUCUGUAAAUGUUCCACAGGAGGAGGUGCAUAUAGAACUGGAA